GGUCAAUUGGUGGUUUCGAUGACGCCAAGCUAAUAUUCCCAUUGAGAAGAGCUAUUGGUCAGUUCAACUAAUUUUCUUGCCGAAAGACUACUACUCCGUAGGUAAUUGCGAUGUUAGACGACGACAAUCUACCAGCGCGUGGAAAUAGUGUCGGGCCGUCUCUAAAUGUACAGAGCCUCAGUACUCCGUACGAAACCAACAAAACCAGGUUUUAACUCAGCCAAAUAAUCAUACAUGAUAUUUAACGUAUAAGAAUCAAUCCAAUAACGUCUUACUGAAUGCCAUAAAUCCAUCUAGUAUCGGGUCCAACAGCUCUAAAACCACGGCCCAUCCAUCCACCAUCUUCUAGAACCUUACUAACGCCACAACUCCACCACCAACUUUCCUUCCCCGAAAAUUCCAGAACCACCUUCACUCAUAGGUAUCUCUCCACCACCACCACACCUUAUCAUAUACAGUACUAUAAUUCCAGGCCAGCCACAUACAACAUAUAAUGCGCAUGUCUCUCACCACGCUAACCCGAACAACAACCACCCUCCUCCACCUCCUCCUCUCCCUGCCUCUGCGCGCAUCCACAACAUCAAGUACACCUCCGCUUGCGCUUGCGCUCUCGCUGUCCCAAUCACCAACCCGAUCCUUCUCCUCAACAUCAACUCUCCUCCAGCAGUGCCCUGCAACAAACCUAUCCCCACACUCAUUCCCAUCAUCCUCGAACACAACCGCAACCGCAAACACAUACUCGACAAUGUCGCAACCAACCCAAGAACCCCCAACCCCCAACCCAGAACCAAGAGACGCAGAAAACCAAAAACCCACCCAAGAACCCCCGCUUCUCGCCCUCCCGUCUGCGGAAGAACCGGCGAACUUCAAACUCGACCUCAGCAGCGGCGACUCCACAGUGAAGCUCGACCAUCUUGGUCCCCUUGUCGUGAACCAGGACGGAACACUCUCGCGGAUUGGGAACUGGGCGCAGAUGACGGAGCUGGAGAAGAAGAACACGCUGAGGGUUCUGGGGAAGCGGAAUAAGGCUAGAUUGGAGGCUUUGAAGGCCAGCCAGGCGGGAGAGGAUUAAGUAUUGUUGGAUUUUUGUUUUUGGGUGGUGAGAAUGGAGAGACCUUGUCUUGGGUUAUAUAGUGUGGUUAUAGAAAGUGUGUACAGUGGGGGAUUUUUUUUAGAGCGACGCAUAUCUACUACAUGCAUGUUUAUUUUAGAUUAUGGUGUUUACAGGUAAGUGUUUGAUUUGUAUUCGUGUAUCGUAACCUGUUGUGUGUGUGUGUGUGUGUGUGUAUAUAUACUUUAUAUUGAUACUCAUACUUACACUGUACUGGACUUUCACUUGAAUAUCCAAUCUCCAA